AAAAAUGGCUAAACGAAAAGCCGCUACAUUGAUGUAUGAAAAAAUUAAAAUGUUAGAAAACUAUUCCACUGAAAACAUGUGUAUAGAUAACGGGGUAAUUGACCGUUCAUGUGUUGUCACGUCGGCUGGCAUUGAUGACAAGCUAUUUAUGGCCACUGCCAUUGAUAGCAUUGGUCACAGAAGUAUUGAUGCCAACAAAGUUCAACCACCACAAUUGACCAACGAAUCAAAGGAAGAUAUCAAACAUAAUAUCAAUUGCUUAUCAACUACAAGGACUACCCCAAUUGAUCUCGAGGUAAAAUUAACAGGAAACGAAUCGGUUAUUGUUAACAAAAAGCAACAGUCAAUGAUUGCCUCUGUAGACGUCAAUUUCGCCAAACGAUUUCGGCGAUCAAACAAUUCGAGUGUGCGCGAAUUAAAGGCAAUGAAAGUCAUAAGCACGCUUACGGUCCCUUCAAAUGUCGAUCUAUUGCAACGAAUUGCAGACGAAGAAGAGCUAAUAUUGCAUUAUGAAAUUGACGAAACCCGUCCGCAGAUGAUUAGAAAAGAUUUUACGUGUGUUCAGCUUACGGUAAAUCAUGGUGCUCUGACAGUCGUUGGCUUCGGUGUAUCGUUAAUCGACAGUCAAGAAGAUGCGGCUUAUGAGUGUUUGACACGUUUAAAAUCAGUCCUGGAAAAUUAAAUGUACGACCAAAGCAGUAGAUGUCUACAGUUAUAGUGUGAUACAAGCGGAUUAAACGAGAUUUCAAAUAUUUAUCGGUUGUGUGUGUUUUCACUCUGCAUAACAAUAAGAUCCGAUGACAGAAACAAUACAAAUUGAAAACAUCGUUUAACACAAUAUAUCAACCAGCUUCAGUAGAAUAUCUCACUUUCUAUCGACAUCUACUUUUAAUCAUUUAAUCACGGCAAAACAUAAACAAUUAUUAAAUAACACUAUGUACUAUGGCAAAAACCAUAAUUAAAUUACGUUCUGUUUAUCAUUUGUAAUAAAAUAUUUAU